AGCACUCAACGCUUUCAAGACAUUCCAAUCUACUGCAAUGACAUCUUUAAAGCCCUACCUGAACCAUAUCAAACCGAGAGAAUCAAGACUGUCCGUACUAAAGGCAUCUCUGACAUUGGUAAAACAGUCUCCGUGCAGAAGUUCAUUCUGGAUUGGAUUUCAUGUUUGUGCUUCCGUUUCGAGAGCUGAACUUGAUUCGAGCCGAACGGUACAGUCUUCACAAACUUCUGCUGGACUUUCAUCCGGAACUUCAACAUCUAGACUCACAGCUUUAUGAGGAGUGUAAAGUUGUGUUCAUCUUUGAUGGUCUGGAUGAAUGCAGAAUGAUUUUUUCAGCGAGAAAGAAAGUGUUUGAAGUGACCGUGACGUCAUCGGUGCAAGUGUUGAUGUCAAACCUCAUGAGAGGUGAUCUGCUUCCUUCCUUCAAGCAGCAGCAGCCAAUCAGUUCCCUUCAAAAUACAUCACGCGUGUGACAGAAAUUCAGGGAUUUAGUGACGCUCAGGAGGAGGAAUAUAUCAGGAAGAGAGUCAACGACCAGCAUCAAGCCAGCAGAAUCAUCUCGCGCAUUAAAAGAGCGAGAAGCCUCCACCACAUGUGUCACAUACCAGUCUUCUGUUGGAUCUCAUCCACCGUGCUUCAAAACAUCCUAAAACAAGAUGAUGAGAAAGUAGAAAUUCCUCAAACUCUGACUGAAAUGUACAUCCAGUUCCUGCUGAUGCACAUCAAUGCAAGGAAUCAAAAGUAUGAUCCACUGAUUGUGAAACUAGCUGAAGUGGCUUUCAAACAGCUGAUGAAGGGUAAUGUGAUGUUCAGUGAGGAUGAGCUGAGAGAAUGUGGGAUCACGGCAUUGUAUUCUGGCAUUUGCUCUGAGAUCUUUGAGGAAUCUGUCAUUCAUAAAAGGAAGAUGUACUGCUUCACGCAUCUGAGCUUUCGGGGUUUCUGGCUGCAUUCUAUGCCAUUUAACAAAGAACACAGAACCACUGCGGUUAAUCCUGAACAAGAAUUAUGACUAUUGUGACUACAUGUCUGAGGAAAUCUCUCUGUAUCAGCUGUUGGAUUCAGCGGUAGAUAAAGCUCUCCAGAGUAAAACUGGACAUCUUGAUCUGUUCCUCAGGUUUCUGCUGGGCAUCUCACUGGAGGAUCUAUUGACACGCACACGCAACAGCUCAAACACCAUCAACACAAUCACACAGUACGUUUUAGAUCAAAUCAAAGGUGGAGAUGAUCUCUCAACUGACAGAUCCAUCGAUCUGUUUCUUUGUGUGUUUGAAGUGAGCUUGAGGAAUUUGUGAGAUCAGAGAAGAAACUCUCUCCGGCUCACUGUUCAGCAAUAGCCUACAUGCUUCAGAUGUCAGAGAGAGGUGAUGGAUGAGUUUGAUCUGAGGAAAUACAACACAACACAGGAGGGUAGAAGACGACUCGUACCGGCUGUCAUCAACUGCACAAGAGCUCUUCUACAGAACUGUGAUCUGUCUGCUGAGUGUUGUGAAAGUUUGUCUCUGAGAGAGCUGGACCUGAGUAACAAUGAUCUGAAGGAUUCAGGAGUGAAGCUGAUCUCUGAUGCUCUCAAAAGUCACGACUGUCAGCUACACACACUGAGGUUAUCGGGUUGUAUGGUGACCGAUGAAGGCUGCUGUUAUUUGGCUUCAGCUCUGGGUUCAAACCUGUCACACAUUAGAGAGCUGGAUCUGAGCUACAAUCAUCCAGAACACACAGGACGUCAGCUCCUCUCUGAUAAACUCAAUGAUCCAGACUACACACUCAAUGUGGAUCAUGGUGAAAAGUUCAGAAUUCGAGCUGGACCACGCAAGUGGGCCUGUGAACUCACGCUGGAUCCAAACACGGCAAGCACUAGCCUUGUACUGUCUGAAAAGAACAGAAAGAUCACACGUGUGUCUGAGCUUCAGCCGUAUCCUGAUCUUCCCGACAGAUUUGAGGAUCCUAUAGAUCAGGUUCUGUCUCGAGUCUGACCGGACGCUGUUACUGGGAGGCUGAAUGGAGCGGAUCAUGGGUUUCUAUAUCAGUGUCAUAUAAAAGCAUCAGCAGGAAAGAGGGUGAUGACAGUAUGUUUGGAUUCAAUGAAAAAUCAUGAGUCUGUACUGCACUGAUCACAUAUUAAGUGCAUUUCACAAUAAUAGUGUAACCAACAUACCUGUCCCAACACAUCACUGUAAAAGAGUAAGAGUGUAUGUGGACUGGUCGGCCGGCACAGUGUCCUUCUACAGCAUCUCUGACAUGCACACAUACACACAUUCAACACAACAUUUACUGAACCUCUCCAUGCUGGAUUUGGGGUGUUUAACUCCUCACUGUCUCUGUGUGACAUACAAAGUGAGUGAGUGAGUGAAAGAAAGAA